CAGAGGUCACUCCAGUCAAGCCAUCAGCUCGCCUCGCAUCCUCCUCCGACUGGCGGCAGCCUCCAUCCCCCCCGACAUGUCUCUCCUCCUGGUCACCGUCUUGUCCUCCCUGAUCGUGCGGGACUCGGAAGCGUGGGGCGCCAACGUCAAGUAUGCGGUCAACUGUCCGGACAAGUGCAACAUGGAACUGUGCGGCGGAACGCAGCGCUGCUCGCGGACGGUGGUGGACGACUGCGGCUGCUGUCAGGUGUGCGCAGCCGGCAGAGGCGAGCACUGCUACCGCACGGUGUCGGGGAUGCACGGGGUGAAGUGCGGACCUGGAUUGUUCUGCCAGUUCAAGGAUGAGGACGAUUAUGGCGAUGAAUAUGGCAUUUGCAAAGAGUGCUUGUACGGAUCUUGGGGGGUCGAGUGUCGCAAGACCUGCAACUGCAAAGGUGGCAUCUGUGACAGGGAGACAGGUGCCUGUCUUACCCUGAAAUUCUUUGCCAAAAUUGCUGGCAAGCUGAAGACUGAGCCACAAGCAGGUGCGGAUGGAGGAUCAGGAGAAGUCCAAGAAACGGACCCUCGCCCGGACAGAUCCACCGCACCCAAGUGGAACCCUCGCUGACUAAACACAGACGCAGCCUGAAUAUUCUAAAUGUAGCAUUAACUUAUAAGCAAACCAAAAUGUCUAUUUUGUUAUGUUCAGAUAUGCAGAUUUUUAUAGACUGUGAACAUUUUUUUUCUUUAACUCAUGCAGUUAUUCACUUGAUUUUUUUGUUUGUUUGUUUUUGUUUGCUUUCAUUCUCACCAGUGUUCACUCAUUCAUUGUGCCUUCAUGAAUAACAAACGAGAGCAAGACAUCUGACAACAUCAGAAAAGUUGUAAGGAUUAUUCUCAAAAUUAAAAAGU